AUGACUAUCCUCUAUCACUAUACUAUAAACGGAUUACUGAUUGAAAGCGGAUAUGCAGCCAGUCCAGUCGAUCGCCUACCAUAUGCUGUCGAAGCGCCCUUUAACUCCUAUUUGAAGCAACAUAAGCCCAUUUGCCUUCCCGAUACCCGCGUCGAUCUCCUUAGAAAGAUAAAUAGCUGGGUAGACGGACAAAGUGGGCAAUGUAUCUUCUGGCUGAGUGGAUUAGCUGGCACGGGAAAGUCAACCAUCGCUCGCACCUUUGCGGGAACACAAUCUCAACGCGGUGGCUUAGUGGCCAGCUCCUUCUUCUCACGAGGUGGUGGGGAUGUCGACCAUGCAGGCAAGUUUGUUACAAGCCUUGCAUGCCAGCUUGCAAACAGUAUACCCACUCUUCACCAGCAUGUUUGCGAUGCUAUCACGGGGUAUAGCGACCUUACGGAUCGAUCGCUCCGUGAACAGUGGCAUCAGCUUGUCUUGUGUCCACUUUCAAAGCUAGAAAGUACCGGCUACCAAGCAUUGCCCGAGAUCCCAAUUCGACAUGGGUUCUAUCAGAUGCCGGAUGAGGAAUACCAAAGCUUUAUGCUCCAUAACAUAUCGCCGUCGACCGUUGACCACGAUAUCGCCAUCUUCGUCGAAGACAAUCUUAAGCUUAUCCGACAGGAACGUUCUCUAGAUGCUGGUUGGCCAGGCGAAGAGGCCCUCAGAUAUUUGGUCCAAGCUGCGAGCGGGCUAUUCAUUUGGGCCACAACCGCUUGCCGCUUUAUCCGUGAAGGUAAACGACAUGCUGCUCGAAGACUCGAUACAAUCCUUAAGAGCUGUGGCAGCGCUGGCACUGUUACAGCACCGGAAAAGCUAGGGUGGGUGUAA